AUCAUUACUGUUUCAUUAGAAACACCGACGCAGCUCACACUAGUUUUUAGCUAGUUAUCUGUUCUUAUUAGUUUCAUUAAGCGUUUUUUUUAGAGUCAAAUUUGUGACGAAUCUUAAUUGGAUACUCCACAAAAUGACAGACAGAGCUCACGAGUGAAGUAACUAUGGCAAACAGUCAGUUAAUCAUUCUUAUUUUCUUAAAAACAAAAACCACGUUAAAGAGUUACUCGAAGAAAUAUCCCUCUUUACCUUAGGCGUAAUGUUUUUCCUCAAACACUAAAAUCCUAAUGGUAUAUUGACAUUUAAAACAAAAACAAAAAAAACCCAGAAAGCUAAAAAAAAACAAAAAAACUGAGAACUGAAAGCCUUUAUAGUUGAAUUGUAGCACUAUAGAUUUCGGAGAAUUGAAAGUUGUUUUUGAUACACUUUUUUAUAAAUAGAAAAGCGAAUAUGAAAAUCAAAUUCACAGUGUAAGACGUUCCUAAUUCACAGUUCUACGAUUUGUGUAAAACCGGUUACGAAGGAGUUUCUCAGUAAUCCACGAACCAGUCAGCCUUCCCUAACUUCCAAAAUCACAUAACAACGUUAUCAAAAAGCUACAUUCAUUUUGGUUUUGCUUUCUCGAUUAACGCACUUAAAUUUCCCUGGUACAUAAAUCCACGAAACUCAUCUUUAAAAGUGUUUGGCAUACGACUAAAGAUUUAAAUGAAGAUUUUAAUCCUUAAUCAAAACUAGAAAGACAACCUAGAAAUAAGACAAGAAAAUGGGUUGAACAAAUAUAAAUUUUUAUUCCAGUAAGAAGUAGCAUAUAAAGUCCUGUAAAAGACUGAAACAUGCGCAUAAGACUUCUGCGCAUGCACACGUCAUAAAUGAUUAUGCUAGUUUGCCCCAUUAUGCUAAAAAAAGGGGGGGAAAUCAGUUUUGAUUUUUAGUUGUCAAAUUGACUCCGGAACAAUAUUGAACUCAAAUGGAAGAGGAACAAACAAAGAUUCAAAAUUACAUUUUGGAAAUUGUAUCAAAAAUUUUUAAGUGGUGAGAAAAAAGAUUCCAUUUUCAAAAUGGUUUUAGGAUAAUAUUUGUGUCAACUCUUUUUGUUUUUCAUCUAGAAAUUGUCAUUUAAAAAUUCUAAAGGCUACAUCCUAGUUUUUUAACUCUUUUUGUUGAUACUUUGGCGGUUUUCCUUUUAUUUACACGCAGAGGUGCUUUUGAAGGUCAAGAAAACAAAAUUCCAUUUGAAUAAUAAUAAAGGGUUUUCUAAAAUUACCUGGUUAUAARAUUAGUGAAGAAAAUUUGAAGAAUAAGAUGAGAAAAAUUUGAGUUUUUUCGGUUUGAAUAGUCAAUUCAUUAUUAUCCUUUUUAGUUUCCCAAUCCUCGUAUCAAUUCUUAUCAACGUUUGUUUAAAAAGAAGCAUUAAUCUAUGUUCGGCUAUAUUAUCUCUACUCUAGCAAAUCUAUGUAAACAAAAAUGAUUUAUUAAGAGGUUGUAAACGCGUAUCAAACGAAAUAAAGGACCCGCGCACUUAACUAACGUCAGAAAAUCUUUGUUAUUACCUGAGAUGGAACUUAGAUGAAAAUGUUGAUGACGGGACGUUAAGCCGAGAAGAUAUUUCAUAAGGUCGCUAAGAAGUCGUUGGAUGUACUUAAUGCAUUAAUACUUCGAGUAGGAGUACUUUGCAUUUGGAGAUUGGUAAACAAAUAUCAACGGUGUGUAAUCAAAUAAGCUAUAAUUGUCACUGAGGUGGUAGACAUACAUUGGGCGAUGACCUACAAAUGUAUCCUGGUUGCCCAAAAGUGUAUUUGUCUUUCAAAUGGAUUGACUGUGGCCUUGCUUAUAAGAGAGUGUUCGUAAGUACUUGUCAAACCGCAUCAGGAGUGGACCGUCUCAACGCCAUUGCAAGACAUCCCAUACUUAUAAAAAGAAUGAGGCAGCCUACCAAGAUAUUAUUGCUGUUGAGUCUAGCACUUGUGAGCUAUUCCUCAAGUGCAACAGGUUCUGUUAACUUUGUCCCGGUCGGCUGCUACCGUGACAGCCAACUCAAACCCAGGCCCCUACCAGAACUCAUCCACAACUACCGUUUGAAUGACGAAAUGGACUGGAAAGACUUAAAUGGUUCGGUGGUCCAGGCAUGCGCACAAGAAGCUCACAGUAGAAACUACGUAUAUUUUGGGAUACAGUUCUAUGGUGAGUGCUGGAGUGGACCGCGGGCUCACGAGACGUACUUCAAGGAUGGUCUCUCAAGAGAGUGCAUUGAUGGUGUCGGAGAAGGUUUCGCUAACAUGGUGUAUAGACUAGCUGGAGAAGAUAAUGAAUGUGUUAAUUACAAAACCUUUGACUCUGAGGAUCGCUCAGCCUCAAAAGAUAAUAUCGUUGGUGACCUUAAAUGUGAUGAUGACAAGUUUCAAGCUGGUUGGUAUCGGUUUGAAGGUCAAGCUGGGACCCAGAUCAACGCUUUGAAGAUAAAGAAUCGCUGUCAGACAUUGCACAUAGGCUACUACACAGGGGCCCACCCUGGGCCAAACGAAGGAAUCGUUGAAAAUAAAAUCUGCUUUACAGAUAUCUGUGAUCGCAACAAGGAUAUCAAAAUUAGAAACUGUGGAGAAUUUUAUGUGUAUUAUUUGAAUAAAACUGGUGGUUGUCCUGCUCGCUAUUGUGGAGACGGAAAAACGUCCACUGGAAUACAAGCCGAUAUCUAGAUGAUGACAGUGAUUAUUUUCAAGCUACUUCAAAUCACUGACUCGCUGAAAUAACAAGAAAAUAGGAGCAUAAGCAUGAUGCAUGGAAAUAAUAAGAGCAACAUCCAGCAAUCAUUUAGGUCUGUCUCAGCGCUGUCUUGACUCGCGCUCUUGAAGGAUUGAAAUAUUGCAAUAACUUUUGAAUUUCCACAUCAGUAUUGCUUUAGGACUAAGAAAAAUAGGAUGAUUUAUUGUAGUUUCCUUUAUGGAAGAUUGUAGAAGCAAAAUUAAGAAAUCUAUAAAAUUCUAAGACUAAAGAUGUAAAAAUAUUUCAAGCAUGUACGUUCAACUGAAGAUGUCAUCUCGCAAAGAUGAUGUUUGGUCGUUAUUUGUUUGUAUCCCUGCGUUCAGUAAAGCAACCUGUUUAUGUGGACACCCUA